AUGCAGCAUGAUGGUGCCAGGCUUUCAAAGCUAAAAGAAAUUUUCAAAAGAGCGGUCCAGGAAAUAAUGAAGGAGGAGCAAGCUGUGAAGUCUCUAAUACUGUCGCCAACAUUCAGAGACUCGUUCUUUAGUGAAACUACAAUGCAGAUGUCUCCAGAAGAUGUAGGCAAGCUGUUCCAAGAUAUAAAGGCAAGAUUUACAGAAGUGUUUAAGGCAAAAAUAAGACAAACAAAUCUGGAUUAUAAGCUCAACAAUCUUGAUAAGGAUAUAAAAGAUGGCCGAAUGAGCUAUAAAGACAUAAAAAACGGAGAAUAUAUCGAAGAGAUUCUUGAAUCCAACAUUGUUGAUAAAAAGGAGGAGCUUGUAAAAUUUAUUGAAAAGGAAAUAUGCGAGUGUGAUCAAGGCAUUGUGAAAAUGCAAAAUGAAGUUGCUGAGCUGAAGGCCAAUCUGAAGCUCUUAGAAUAUGAGAACGAAGAGUGCGAAAGAGAAUAUCAGAUGCUAGUAACUGAAAUAGAAUCAAUUAUACAUGAUUAA